UCUCAGUUGCACUGUGUGCCUUGUGCUGUGGGGACAGGGCAGAGCUGCGCUGAGUGGGGCUGAACUAGUCCAGAGCAGUGUUAAGUAGACAGAGAGAGAGAGAGAGAGAGAAAGAGGUAGAUAGAAAAAUAGAGUGAAAGAGGGAAAGAGAGUCCGUGCAGAUUGUGCUUACCAAGCAGACUGGAUUAACAGCUGAAACAAACUGGACCUGUUUUUUCUCUCUUAAGCUUGAGGUAGAGACUCAGCAAUAACGUGGAUGGUUGUUUAGACGUGGCUGCAUGCAAGGACGGAAAACUAUGGCAGUGAUACUCAGACCCUUUCACUCUUCCCGGCAUUUAGUAUGGUGAAGAUUUCUUAUUUGUGCUUAGUUUAGUUAAGUUUACCUUGGACUUACUAGUGUGGGAGGCUCCCUUGAAGUGACAUUGACCCAUAACCCCCAACUCUGCUUUGCAGGUUCUGUCUCCCCUGGAGUUGGACUCUAAUUUUGUCUUUUGACCCCUGGAACAGGAAAGGGUUUUUCAUUUGGCAGUGGAUGUGACCUGCUGAGAACCGGUCUGAUCCACCAACAUUUAUUCGUAAUCACUGGACAGCAGGAACAUUUCUUCAACCGGCAUUUCUUUUACUACUCAAGAUCCGAGACUGACCGCACUGGAGGCGUGUAUUUAAAGGACCUCGCUGGCCUCUAUUGCCCCAGGACCAUGGGCUCUCUCUGGGGCAGCUUUAUGCUGCUGUGCGGGGUAGUUUUGCUCAGGACGGAGGGCAGUGGAACCCAACAGACCAAGAACAACGUUCCCAGACUAAAACUCUCCUAUAAAGACAUGUUGGAGUCUAACAAUCUUGUGACGUUUGAAGGCCUGGCCAACAGUUCGGCUUACCACACCUUCCUGUUGGAUGAGGAGAAAGGGAGACUUGUGGUGGGAGCCAAGGACCACAUCUUCUCUUUUAACCUCCUCAAUGUCAGCAGAGACUAUGUACAGAUCCCUUGGCCAGCUUCUCCCACCAGGAGAGAUGAAUGCAAGUGGGCAGGAAAAGAUCUCUCGAGGGAGUGCUCAAAUUUCAUCAAGGUAUUGCAGCCGUUCAACCAGACCCAUAUCUAUGUGUGUGGGACAGGAGCCUUCCACCCUGUGUGUUCCUACCUGGAGGUGGGCAAGAAACCGGAGGACAGCGUGUUCAGACUGGAGUCUCACGUAGAGAACGGCAGAGGGAAGAGCCCCUAUGAUCCCAAGUUACUCACUGCCUCCAUGCUAAUUGAUGGGGAACUGUAUGCUGGAACAUCAGCUGACUUCAUGGGACGGGACUUUGCCAUCUUUCGCACUCUUGGAAAGCAUCACCCAAUCAGGACAGAGCAACAUGAUUCUCGGUGGCUAAAUGAUCCCAGGUUUGUGGGUGUUCAUCUGAUUCCAGAGAGCGACAACCCAGAAGAUGACAAAAUCUACCUGUUCUUCAAAGAGAACGCUAUAGAUGGAGAGCAUGCUGGGAAGGCCACACACGCUCGCAUCGGACAGCUCUGCAAAAAUGAUUUGGGAGGUCACAGGAGUCUGGUAAAUAAGUGGACUACCUUCUUGAAGGCUCGGCUUGUUUGUUCCGUUCCUGGCAAUAAUGGAAUAGAAACGCAUUUUGACGAACUACAGGAUGUUUUUCUCAUGAGCACAAAGGAUCCUAAGAGUCCAAUCAUCUAUGCAGUAUUUACUACAUCCAGCAACAUCUUCAAAGGUUCAGCUGUGUGUAUGUACAGCAUGACAGAUAUCAGGAGAGUGUUCUUGGGCCCUUACGCUCAUAGAGAUGGACCCAACUACCAGUGGGUGCCCUUCCAGGGACGUGUUCCCUACCCACGUCCUGGCACUUGCCCAAGCAAGACAUUUGGAGGAUUUGAUACAACUAAGGACCUUCCUGAUGAAGUUGUAACCUUUGCCAGAAGCCACCCAGCUAUGUUCAACCCUGUCUACCCCAUUAACAAUCGACCUAUCAUAGUCAAAACUGAUGUUGACUACCAGUUCACCCAGAUAGUGGUGGAUAAAGUAGAAGCUGAGGAUGGACAGUAUGACGUUAUGUUCAUUGGCACAGACAUGGGAACGAUACUGAAAGUGGUAUCCAUCCCCAGAGGCUCCUGGCAUGACCUGGAGGAAGUCCUAUUGGAAGAAAUGACUGUGUUCAGAGAACCAACAGCCAUUACAGCAAUGGAGCUUUCAACUAAACAGCAACAACUGUACCUAGGCUCAGACAUCGGUGUGUCCCAAAUGCCUUUGCAUCGGUGUGAGGUUUAUGGGAAGGCCUGUGCUGAAUGCUGCCUGGCAAGGGACCCGUAUUGUGCAUGGGAUGGCACUGAGUGCUCCAGAUACUUUCCCAUGGCUAAGAGGAGGACAAGGAGACAAGAUAUCAGAAAUGGAGACCCACUCACACAAUGCUCAGAUCUACAACACCAUGAUGAACUAAAUGGGAAGACGACUCUCAUGGAUAAAACAGUGUAUGGUGUGGAGAACAGCAGCACCUUCCUUGAGUGCAGUCCCAAGUCCCAGAGAGCCAUGACAUAUUGGCAGUACCAGCGCUCUACUGAUGACCGCAAACAAGAGCUUAAAUCAGAGGAACGUUUCAUCCGUACAGACCAGGGCUUACUGAUUCGCACGCUUAACAAGAAGGAUUCCGGGAUCUAUCUGUGUCAGGCAGUGGAGCACGGCUUCAUGCAAACACUUCUGAAGGUGACCUUAGAGGUAAUUGACACCGAGCGCCUGGAGGAUCUGCUACAUCGCGAUGAAGAGGCCACAGCCAUCGCCCCUGCCCAGGAACGUCCCACACCUCAAGAAACUCCCAAUCAAAAGCUGUGGUACAGAGACUUUCUGUCUUUGGUCAAUCACCCGACUCUGAACAGUGUGGACGAGUUCUGUGAGCAGGUGUGGAAAAGGGAGAGGAAGCACAGGAGGCAGAAAGCUCACCUGGUGCAGCAAGUACAAAUACACCAGCAGCAACAGCAGCAGAAGGUUGUGGUGAACCCUCACACCCACAUGCAUGCUCAAGGGCUGGCAGCCAAGUGGAAACACCUGCAAGAGAGGCAGAAGGGUCGCAACCGCAGGACCCAUGAACUGGAAAGGGCCCCUCGCAGUGUCUGACCUAUAAACCUUGAGUUUUAACACCCAAAUCUGAAACCACACCCUGUUCUCAUUCUGUAACCCUGAUUAACUUAGCCACUUGUCUCCUUCAUACUGAGAUACAGACUUCUUCCACAAAGACUGGGUAGAAAAGUUAAACUGGAAAAAGGUCAUACUACCCUGAUUCUGUGCGUGGGCAGCCAUGUUUACAGUACGCCAGUACCGAGGACUGCAGGAAGCAGGAUGUUGUAUCACACCAGACCAUUGGAGCAUAUUAUCUCAGCUGGCCUCUGUGGCCUGAACACUGCAGAGGGACAGUGUCAACCAACACAAGAACUGGAAACAUAUAUCAACACUAUAGACAUGACUGACUCCAUGUUGAGACGACUGUGUUAAUGGCAUUGUCUCAUGGCAUGCUAGUUAGGUGUCUUUAUCAGUGUGAAACUAAAGUAGAAACCUGAAAAUACCCAAUAAUUACUUUUCUACUUCACAAAUAUGAAAGAAGGGGAGGUGGGAUUGUAUUAAACGCAGUGUGGAGAGUUAAUGGACUUGCAGUGUUUUACAAGCACAAAAUAAGUAAAGCUCGAGGAAAGCACACAAUGGGAUGUUUGGUAAUUUUUUAGGUAUUAUAGAAGGUUAAAUAAAUCAACAUGAAAAAGGAAAAUGCCCAAGCACUGCAAGAAACUGGGAGCAACAGUCACCACUUGUCAACAAAUAUAAUUAUGUAGCUAAGAUGUGUAAAUACUGUAUCCUCAUACUAAAGGGAAUGGCUUGCAGUUGUCUUGUUGCUUUAUGUUGUUUCCCCAAAUAGAAAUUUAUUUAAGAUAAAGUCUUAGGACUUUAUCUCCCAAAAGGGAGAUCUUGUAAUAGUCUUUGUGUCGGCGCCCUAGAUAAGCUUCCCAAACAAAGUCAGGUUUCAUUAUUAUGUUUUGUUUUUAAAUCAUCUGAUUCCUUCCAGUGUCAACAGUCACUGACUGUCACUUCACAGGGAUGUCAGCUGCAUCAUUUCAGUGCACGAAAUGUCAUACUGAGUUCUUCCAUGUUCAUUUCUUUGUAUACACUUUGUUUCCAAUACAUGUGUAUUUAUUGAUAUACAAUUAUGUACAUUGUGAAAAUAUUUUUAGUUUUUUUCUUGCAAUUUAUCAUUUAGUUUGAUUUAUUUGAAUGGCAUCACCAAACUCUUAAAAUAACUGUAUUAUCACAAAUACUGUAGUAAGACUGGAACUUAUUUAUCAAUAUUGGUCAAUAUUACAUGCAUUACAUAUCAAAUGCACUAAGCAAUAACCCAGUAUCCAUAUUGUAUGUUUUCUUCCACAUUUAUUGCCUCAUAUUCAUUUUCUUCACAGGCAGCGCAGUGUACAAACUUCAUUUCACUGCAUGUGACAUAAAAAAACAACAACUUGUUUUUCGGAUUAUAAUAAUUCUUUAUUAUACAAUGCGCACACAAACACAAACCUGGAAUGUAGCUGUGAACAUUAUGUAAAUAUAAAUAUUAUGGUCUAUGUUCGACAAGUAUGACACUGUGUACUAGUGCAUGUGAAUACUAUUGUAGUGUUCCUGUUUUGCUAUAGCAAUGAUAUACUAGUCUGGUGUUGUCACUGUUAUUCUGUUGUUUGCUUAUGCAGUACACAAUAUUAACUAUUUCAAAGAUGUACAUAAUAUUUCUGUUAUGACUCCAAACUGUAUAAUUGAUAAUUCCUGAAAUAGGUAUUCAUAAAAAAAAAGAUAAACAAGAUCUAAACAGGAUCUUAUUGUGGAUUUAAAUGUCCACAGACCGCUUAACAACAAUGAACAAUAACACUGAACAAUGUCAGUUGAGCAUUGCAACACAUCAGUAUGUCAGAUGACCUUGUCUAGUGAGUGUUUGCAAACCUCAUCUGUCGUGGAAGCCAUGACAGAGGAAGAUGAGAAACAGCUGGAGCUCGAGAAACUGACAAGAAGAGUUGUGGAACGUGGCCAUAUGAUAAGAUCAUCAUAAUAAAGAGAAAACGGUGCCUCACUGCAUCUGUCUUGGACAUACAAUGAAAGUGAGGAAAUGAAGUGCUGCUGCUGCUGCUGCUUUUUGGCAUGAUGGUGAUGGUGGUGAUGUGUUCUACUGAUCUAAUAAAUGUCUCUUCAUAAAG